GACGCGUGGCGGUGGGCGGGGCUGGCGGACCAGCGGGAGCGCGCGUGACCUCUGGCGGGCGUCGGUGGAGCGCGCUCCCGCCCGGCCGUCAGUCGCCGCCCCUCCCUCCCUCCCUCCCUCCCUCCCUCCGUCACCCGCUCACUCACUCAUUGACUGCUCCGACCGACCGACUUGUAGCCGUCGCUGGCCCGCUGUACCGAGGCGCUGACACACUGAUCCAUCCGGCGACAUGUCGGGGGGUGCUUCUGUACCAAUAAAGUUAACGGCAACCAUGUCAAAAGGUGGGAUAGCCCAGUAUGAGUGCCAGCAGCUGGAAAGUGCUAUGGAGAAGGAGCUUGCCCAAUUGUUGGCAACUGCAUCAAAGACCGAGCAUAAUCAAGUGAAGAAGAAUUUUGAGGGAUUCCAGAAGUUGUUUCGCAGUUUACUGCAGCGGAAAGGUCCUUCAGUGGAAUGGGAGAAGAUUCAGAAGGCCCCGGAAGAUUCUAUUCAGCCAUAUGAUAAGAUUGAGCGACGAGGAUUGCCGAAUGAUAUAUCUUCGUUGUUAAGUAAACUGGUGGUGGUGAAGCUGAAUGGAGGGCUUGGCACCAGCAUGGGUUGCAAAGGCCCCAAAAGCCUGAUUAGUGUACGCAAUGAGAAUACGUUCCUGGAUCUCACGGUCUUACAGAUAGAGCAUUUGAACAGAACUUACGAUGCAGAUGUCCCCCUUGUCUUGAUGAACUCGUUCAACACCGAUGAGGAUACAAAGAAGAUAUUACAGAAGUACAAUCACUACGCUGUGAAAAUUCAUACCUUCAACCAAAGCAGGUACCCACGUAUUAAUAGAGAGUCCAUGCUUCCUGUAGCUACAGAUAAUUCCAGCACUGGCUUCAAUGCAGAAGCCUGGUAUCCACCGGGUCAUGGAGAUAUUUAUGCCAGCUUCUAUAACUCUGGUCUAUUAGACAUCUUUCUGGAACAGGGCAAAGAAUAUAUGUUUGUAUCUAAUAUUGACAAUCUUGGAGCAACAGUUGACCUGAACAUUCUCCAUCAUCUUUUAAAUCCACCAUCGGGAAGGCAGUGUGAAUUUGUGAUGGAAGUAACUGAUAAGACCAGAGCAGAUGUUAAGGGUGGGACCCUUAUUCAGUAUGAUGGAAAGCUGAGGCUGCUGGAAAUAGCCCAGGUACCGAAAGCACAUGUUGAUGAGUUUAAAUCAGUCACCAAGUUCAAGAUCUUCAACACCAAUAACCUGUGGAUUUCUUUGACUGCAAUUUCGAGGCUGCAACACCAAAACGCUAUUGAUAUGGAAAUCAUUCUAAACCCAAAGACGUUGGAUGAUGGCCUAAAUGUGAUUCAGCUAGAGACGGCCGUAGGUGCUGCCAUUAAGUGCUUUGAAAAUGCGUUGGGUGUGAAUGUGCCACGUAGCCGCUUCUUGCCUGUCAAGACCACGUCUGAUCUCAUGCUGGUGAUGUCCAACCUUUACAGUCUUAAUGCUGGAUCUUUGACCAUGAGCGUCAAGAGAGAGUUCCGAACUGUGCCGCUGGUUAAGCUGGGCAGUUCUUUUACCAAGGUACAAGAUUACUUGACCAGGCUGGAGAGUAUCCCAGAUAUCAUUGAAUUAGAUCACCUCACUGUUUCCGGAGAUGUUACCUUUGGGAAGCAUGUUGUUUUGAAGGGAACAGUGAUAAUAAUCGCAAAUCAUGGCGACAGGAUUGACAUCCCACCAGGUGCCAUUUUGGAAAAUAAGAUUGUUUCAGGCAAUCUGAGAAUCCUGGAUCACUAGGAAGAUGAUCCUGAAUGGCAGACAUCAACUGUGGAACUUAUUUCAUCAUGUGUUUAGUCACAGUAAUGCCAGAGUUGUGUGCAUUAAUCUGAUAAGAGUGUGAACAUGUCCUGCAUGGCAGCUCCUUUCAAAAUUGCAUACCGUUAUAAACUCCCUGUUUCUGAAUUUGGUUUUAAAUGCGUAACUGGAAGCUUGGUACUAUUUAUAUAUAGAUAUUAAAAUGUCACCUUUUCCUCUAAAACCAUCACUUGGAACAAAAAUGACAAAUUAUAAUAAAAAUCCACUAACUGUA